AUGGAUCGAUCACAUAAGAAACAUUAUUCUUCAUCAUUUAAUAAAUUUGUUGCACAACUAUGUCGUAGAUUUUCUUCUAAAAAUAUCAAAUCAUCAACUGUUAUCAUUCAACAACAACAACAGUUUCAUAUUCAUUCGUCAACCUUCAUAAACCAUAUUCAAUUAUCUGACAUACUUUAUCAUCCAUCGUAUAAAAUUGAAUAUCUUAGUAAAAUCAAAAAUCAAGAUGAUAAUUCUUAUUCAUAUGCUAGCUACAGUUCAAUAAAUAUUCAACCGGAAGAUGAAUUUAAUUUAUCACAAAUGAAUAUCAGUAUGAAUAUCAAUUGUGAUCAUUGUUCACGACAAAAACAUAUUAAAUUACCAAUUCGAUUACAUUCAACAGCUAUUCAUGAUAUUAGCAAUUAUUGA